UUUAUCUUAACGAAUGAAAGGGGCAAAACUUGUCACCAUUUGUCUACUAAACUGAAGAUAGGGAAAUGAUUGCCAUUAUCGCUGCGGGUCUAUUGGCUCUUCCAGCGCUGCUGGUCCAAGUAGCCACGGCUCUGAUUGUGGCGUUUCUGUCGGUACCAGCCUUGUGCAUUCUCUUGUUCCGCAAGCCCCGUCAUCUACGCCCUAACCUCGGCGACCCGGAUGGCGAUGCUCACGUUAUCAUUACAGGUGGUAGCAGCGGGAUUGGUCUUUCGAUUGCGAGAGAAUGUGUGCGGCGGGGAGUGCGUCGUGUGACGAUACUUGCAAGAACCGUUUCCAAACUAGAAACCGCCAAAAAAGAACUCGAGGAAUUGAAUGCUCAAAGUAAAAAAACCAAACAGAUCAAGGCCGUGUCGGUUGAUGUUACGGAUUACAAAGCACUGGAGAAGACGGCGCUGGAACUGCUGGGGAAAACCCCUAGCCACUCCACUUAUCUUUUUUGCUGUGCGGGAGAAACCGAACCCGCGUAUUUUGAUGACAUCCCACCAGAUGUUUUUGCCCGCAUCACGCAGACGAACCAAUUAGGUUCCAUUUACACCACAAAAGCAUUUCUACCACAUAUGAAAGCAGGAACAAUAUGUUUCUGUAGUAGCAUUUGCGGGCAGAUUGGUAUUUUUGGGUAUUCUGCCUAUUCGCCGACCAAAUUUGCACUCCGUGGAUUUGCCGAGUGUCUGCACGUCGAAUUGUGUAACAGCCCCGUCAACGUCCAGAUCGCCUAUCCACCCGAUACCGAUACGCCGGGAUUUGAAAAGGAAAACGUUGCUAAACCGAAGGAGACUCAGUUGAUUUCAGAGCAAGGCGGCUUGUCGAAACCCGACGAUAUAGCGCGAGUCAUGGUAACGGAGGCUUUUCGUCCUAAUCCCCGCUUCAACGUGUACUUUACCUUUGACGCCUGGAUGCUGAGCUCGUUGACGGCUGGAUUUUCGCCCAUAGCUACUAUGCAAGACGGAGUGAGCCAGGUGGCGGGCAUGGCGCUAUUUCGCUUCGUCAGUUUGUUUUAUUUGCACGAUUGGUGGCGUAUCGUUCGGAAGUUUCAAGAAGAACGUGACGCGGAAAUGAGCAAGACCAAAUAGGUGGACGAUACCAGGUUACAGAACUCUCUUGUUCAGGUAUGUACUGUCCUUCGGCGUCUUCCACCUAUUUUCGACGGUCCUGCUCGAGAGCCGAAGCAAUGUCUUGCCCGUUGGAGCUCAGGUUGUCGGUCAUCAGCUACAGCUACGGUUUGACUAGGUCCAUUCUGCAUAUGUU